GCUGUUAUUUCCAAAGAGGCGAAGGAAGAUGCCAUGCAGCAGGCUAAAUCUGCUGCGGCUGAGGUGCAAGUUGCCAAAGCAGCGCUCAAUUCGGCAGAGCUAAAUAUGCGUCGUACCGAAGUGCGCUCACCCGUGGACGGCUUUGUGACAAACUUGGAUGUACGCAAAGGCAAUUUUUUGAGUGAUGGGCACCCCGUGGUGGCGGUGGUAGAUCGCAAUUCUUAUUACCUGGAGGCCUAUUUCGAAGAAACCAUGCUGCGCAACGUGCGCCCUGGCGACAAGACUCAGACACGGCGCAACGCGGUGGUUUGCUCUCCAGCGUAG